UUUUUUUGAUCAAGUUUUUAUACAAAAAUGUCGACCGAGGAGCGUCUUACGACUUUACCACCACAUGCUCCACCAACUGAAAGUACAAGGUCUGGGGUAUAUUACCCAACCUUUCAAGAUAUGAAAGCUGAUUCUAUAACUCAUUUAGCUGAAACUUACUGGAACAAUAAAGAUCCUACAAAGAGAGUAUGGGAUCCGCUUGUUAUUGAGAGAAUUUAUACUGAGGAAUUAGAAAUGAAAGGUUUUGAACCGAAGAAACUAACAUUACUAGAACUUAGCCAAUAUCUGGAAAAAUACCUUUGGCCGAAUUUUGAACAUACGGAAGCAUCGUUGGCUCAUGUAUUGUCAAUCGUAUUGAUGGUUAAUGAAAAGUUUCGGGAACGAGUUGCUGCAUGGGAUUGUUUUAUGAAAAGCCCUGAACAAUUUCCAGGUUUCUUCAAACGUGUUCUCGAGCUUUCCAUUCCACCACUUGCAAACACACUCUCGCCUAAAGUGAGAAAAUAUAUAGUUUUAUUCCUAAUUCGUGUUUUUCAGAGUAUAGAAAAUCCAUUAAUCAGAGGAGAAUGUAUGAUAUUGGUGUCACUUGUAACGUGGCAUUGUUUUGGUACAUCAUCGUUGAGAGAUCAGGAAUUUGCAAAUAAUAAAGAUUUAAAAAAGAUGUGGAAUGUAUUUGCAAAAAAGUUCAAAAAAGCAGAUGAAUCACAAAAGGAAAAAAUUAUAUUUGAGAGAACAUGGUUAAGCAAUUUUAUGAAGGCCUUUGUGGAAGUUUUAUAUACAAUACCCGAAGAUGGAGGAGUGAACAAUGAAGUUAUAGCAUUUCUUGAACGUUGUUUGGAAUUUUUGAUUGACCUUGAAGCACAACUCCCAACAAGACGUUAUUUUAAUAAAUUAUUAGAAGAUCACCAUAUAUUAAUAUUAUGCAAAUUUGCGCCAAUAAUGAAGCGUGAUAGCGCAAAUGAACUUUUUAAGCAGCUUUUAGAUAUAUUAAAAUUCUAUGUUGGUUUUGAAAUUGAUGAUAAUACUGGUUUAGCUUUGACGGAUGACCAGAUGACAGAAUUACAUUGUAAAAAAUUGGCUGAUCUUCAGCACAUUGCUUUCGAACAUUUUAGGGACUCUUUGCAAUCACUGGCAUUAUCAAAUUUUGCCUCUAUUGAACGGAGACCUGACUUGCAAAAACAUUUUAAUGCAUUAACUCAUGAAGAAAUAAUAAGACUAUGUGGAUUUUUAAGCAUAAGAACAAAUAAAUUGGUUGGUGAAAGACAAUACGAUAAGGAUUUUUUAGUGGAGGUGCUAGUUUGUAAAUUUGAAAAGAGAACGAGUCAAAUUGAUUUAAUAAAUUCGAAACCACUUUAUCCAGAUGAGAACGCUAUAUUCGACGAUGCCGUUGUGCAAACUCAAUUCUGGAAUAAUGAAGCACCGCUUGCAUUACCUAAACUCAAUUUACAAUUUCUCACUAUCCACGAUUAUUUAUUAAGAAACUUCAAUUUAUUUCGAAUGGAAACAACUUAUGAAAUUCGACAAGAUAUUGAAGAUGUUGUAAAACGAUUAGCACCAAGGUCUACAUAUCCAUCGAGUAAAACUGAAUUCACCGGUUGGGCUCGUAUGGCAGUAGAGAUAGAAACAUUUAAUAUAAUAGAGGUAGCUAAACCGAACAUCGGUGAAAGCAAGCCCUCAAGAGUCAAGGCUGAUAUUUCUUUCGACAUAGGUCGUUAUACGGAAUCCAUCCGUAAUGAAUGGGAUUCUUUGAAACAACAUGAUGUUUUGUUCUUAUUAACAAUACAUGCCCACGAUGGAACAGCCGAAAAAUAUAAUGAUGCUAUGCCCUUCAGACAACAUUUCGGAUUAAAAUACAUUCGAGGUUGUGAAGUGAGCGAUAUAAUCGGCGAUGAUGGCAAGCCAAUUGAUGAAGUUGGUAAGCCACGUAUUGAUGAUAAAAAACCCAAUAUUUCUGGAAAUAUAAGAACAAUUCGUGUGUUUUUGGACCCGAAUCAGUACAAAAUGGAUAUGGAUAAAUAUUCAAGUGUCAGAGAUGAAGACGUAUAUGAAACUUUUAAUAUUUUGAUGAGAAGAAAGCCGAAAGAAAACAAUUUUAAGUCUGUUCUUGAAACAAUUCGUGAUUUAAUGCAAAGUGAAUUGGUUGUACCAGAUUGGUUACAUAAUAUAUUCUUAGGUUAUGGCCAUCCUGGUAGUGCUCACUAUACAAUGAUGCCAAAUCGACCUAAAGAAAUUGAUUUUCGAGAUACUUUUUUAAAUUAUGAUCAUUUGAUUGAAAGCUUUCCUGACAAGAAAAUUGUACCAGCAGAAGGCUUCAAAGCUCCUAUCCCCCCACCUUAUGUUCUACAAUUUCCUAUAACUGAAGGUGGCCCAACCUCAAAAAAGAGGAAAGUUGAGGAUGCUGAAAAUAUAGAUCCAUCUCAACCUCAAAUGGACCCAGACCAGAUAAUUGUCAGAACUUAUAGCCUACCAAACAUGGGCCCUUAUCCAUUUAACCAGCCUAGAAAGAAUACGAUUAAAUUCACUCCCGUACAAGUAAGCGCUAUUUUAGCAGGAACAAAUCCGGGUCUUACGAUGGUUGUUGGUCCCCCAGGUACUGGUAAAACAGAUGUAGCUGUCCAGAUUAUUGCAAAUUUAUAUCAUAAUUUCCCUGAUCAGCAUACGUUAUUGGUUACACACAGUAACCAAGCUCUGAAUCAGUUGUUCGAGAAAAUUAUGGCACUUGACGUUGAUGAGAGACAUUUACUUAGGUUGGGUCAUGGUGAAGAGGAACUCAAUACAGAAUUAAGCUUUAGCAAAUAUGGCAGAGUCAAUUCAUUUUUGGAAAAACGGUUAUCCCUGCUUUCGGAAGUAGAUCGACUUGCUCAAUCAUUGCAAAUUGGUGGUGAAUAUGGAUAUACAUGUGAAACCGCCGGGUAUUUUUAUUUAUAUCACGUACAGUCGAGAUGGGAGCCUUACAUUGAUAAAUGUAGGCAAGGGUUAACGAACGAGAACGUUAAUGUAGAUACAAUAAGGAAUGAAUUUCCUUUUACUGCCUAUUUUUAUGAUGCACCUCAGCCAUUAUUUCCCGAAGAUGCAAGUUAUGAAGAUACGUUAGAAAUCGCAGUGGGGUGUUUUCGACAUAUAGAAAAAAUUUUCACGGAACUUGAAGAGAUUCGUGGAUUUGAAUUACUUAGGACUAGCUAUGAUAGAGCUAAUUAUUUAUUAACAAAAGAAGCUAAAAUCAUUGCAAUGACAUGCACUCAUGCCGCACUAAAGCGACGUGAAUUGGUUUCUUUAGGAUUUAAGUAUGAUAAUGUAGUAAUGGAAGAAGCAGCACAAAUUUUAGAAGUUGAAACUUUUAUACCUUUGCUACUACAAGAAACUGAAGAUGGGCGAAGUAGAUUAAAAAGAGUGAUUAUGAUUGGUGAUCAUAAUCAGUUACCUCCUGUAGUGAAGAACAUGGCGUUUCAACAAUACGGAAACAUGGAACAAAGUUUAUUCACCAGAUUUGUUAAACUUGGUGUUCCAACCAUUGAUCUAGAUUCUCAGGGGCGUGCUAGGCCUUCCAUGGCAGAACUAUAUAAUUGGCGUUAUAAGAAUUUGGGAAAUUUACCAACAGUAAUCGAGCCGGAUGAAUAUAAAUGGGCUAAUGCUGGGUUUACGUUUGACUAUCAAUUAAUAAAUGUUGGAGAAUUUAUGAACAAAGGGGAAACUGAACCUGUUCCAUACUUCUAUCAGAAUCUUGGAGAGGCAGAAUAUGUUGUCGCAGUAUACCAAUAUAUGCGUUUGUUAGGAUAUCCAGAAGAUAAAAUCACAAUUCUAACAACUUACAAUGGGCAGAAGGCUUUAAUAAGGGACGUUUUGAGUCAGCGGUGUUCAUGGAAUCCAUUAUUCGGGCGUCCAGCAAAAGUCACAACCGUCGAUAAGUUUCAAGGACAACAAAAUGAUUAUAUUCUUUUAUCCUUGGUUCGUACAAAAACUGUUGGUCAUAUACGAGAUGUUAGACGUCUUAUUGUUGCAAUGUCUCGUGCUCGAUUAGGACUAUACGUAUUUUGCCGUCGAUCUAUAUUUGAAAAUUGUUAUGAAUUGGCGCCUACGUUUAAUAAAUUACUAGAGCGUCCUGAUAAAUUGCAAUUAAAAAUUAAUGAGAUGUGGCCUUCGUCUAGGAUGGUUGAUGAUUAUGAGGACGCAUAUACAAUUGCUGAUGUAACACAUAUGGGGAAAUAUGUAUAUCAAAUGAUGCAAGAACAAUUGGCUUUUGCAAAAGAGCAAAAAGCUAAAAUGGAAGCAAUGGAUGUUGAUAAAGAUGAGGAAACCAAUUUGGACACUAAAAAGGAAGACGAUAAUGACAAUGAAAUGGAUGAAGGAGAGCGGGAUGAGGAAGAUGAUGAUGAGGAUAAUGAUGAGGAUAACGAAGAGGAAGAAAAUGAGGAUGAAGAGGAUGAGAAUAAUGAAAAUGAAAGUGGUGGUGAAGAUGACGAUGAUAAAGACAAUGAUGACUAAGACGAUGAUAAGGAAGGGGGGGGAAGAACAUUUAAGAUUAGUGAUUGUUUGUUGUUCAUAGAAAUCUUUCAACUUAAACUUCAAAUAAACUUUUUAUAAGAAUUAAAAAUUAUGUUGAGUAUAAAUAAUAUAACUAGCUAUAAUAUAUAAACUCUUGAAUAAAUUAU